UCCCGCUCGAGUGUGGUGGGGCUGGUCUCACACAAGGACACAGCAGAAGAGCUGCGGUGGUCACAGCUGCAGCCGCCUCCCCCCCUCCGGCUACCCCACUGGCUCCCAACCACCCUGAGACUCCAGGCUGAAGGCACCCCUGACAUGCCCCUGUGUCUCUCUCCCUCCAGGCUCGACGGGCCACACUUCAGCUGUCUGUAUCCAGAUGGUGUCUUCUAUGAUCUGGACAGCUGCAAACACCCCAGCUACCCCGACUCAGAGGGGGCUUCUGACUCCCUGUGGGGCUGGGACCUCAGUCCAGCUGUCCCAGCCACCUCCUAUGAAGCCUUCAACCCGGCUGUGGCCAACUUCAGCCAUCCUCAAGGAAUCCAGCUCUGUUACGGACCCUCGACCUACAGCCCCGUGGGGAGCCUGGACCCAGCACCCAGUGUAGAGGCCCCGGGGCCCAGCUUCCCAGCAUACCCCACGGAGGACUUCACCAGCCAGGCCAGCCAACAGAGGCAUGGAUGUCAGACUAUGGGCCCCCCGGCGUAUGCCCCGUACCCCAGCCCUCUGCUGUCAGAGGAGGAAGACCUCCUGCUGGACAGCCCAGCCCUGGAAGUUUCAGACAGCGAAUCGGAUGAGGCCCUCAUGGCUGGCCCUGAGGGGAGGGCAUCUGAGGCAGGGGCCCGCAAGAAGCUCCGCCUGUACCAGUUCCUGCUGGGUCUGCUGACGCGCGGAGACAUGCGCGACUGCGUGUGGUGGGUGGAGCCGGGCGCCGGGGUCUUCCAGUUCUCCUCCAAGCACAAGGAGCUCCUGGCGCGCCGCUGGGGCCAGCAGAAGGGCAACCGCAAGCGCAUGACCUACCAGAAGCUGGCGCGCGCCCUGCGCAACUACGCCAAGACCGGCGAGAUCCGCAAGGUCAAGCGCAAGCUCACCUACCAGUUCGACAGCGCGCUGCUGCCCGCCGCCCGCCGGGCCUGAGCCCAGUGGGGGUCUCUCCGGGGCUCCACGUCUGCGUCACGUUGGCGUCCCCACACUCUAGGUCAUAGGACCCGUGGAUUCCCCACGCUGUUGGGGGUGGGGGGCUGCCAUAAUCCCUAAGCUCUGCCCAGGGCCCCUCUGGGACUCCACCUCACCCCAAUCAUGUCUGGGGCCCCUCUGGGAUUUCCUUGUCAUGUUCAGGGUCGCCAGGAUCCUCGUGCCUUGGGUCACAGAACCCAUGGAGGACUAUACUCUGUGUCUGUGCGGAGGGGAUGGGCAGGACCCUGCUUCCAGAUAGCCUUGUGGUGUCUGAGAUCGUCCAACCAAGCUCUCUGAGCUCCCUUGUGUGUCUGGGAUUCCUCAGUCUCAUCUGGGGAGGGUGAGCUCACAGCUCAUCACACAGGGAGGGGGUUGCUGCUUGUAACCCUAAGCCCCGUCCAGCCAGGGUCUCUCUGGGAUCCCCUUCUCAUGUCUGACACUCUCCUAUCAGAUCUGAGAUCUCCUACUUCUGUCUGGGGCCUUCUGGAAACCCUCUAUCAUGUCUCAAAUCUCUAUGCCCAUCUGUGACUCUCUUGUCCUGUUCCCCAAAAUAUGUUUGUCAUCUUGAGAUCCCCCAAUUCUCUGGAACCACUGUGCUAUCACUUUUUGUGUGUGUGUCUGGAAUUCUCCAAUCACAUCCAGAGUAGCUCUGGGAUCCUUUGGGCAUGUCUAAAAACAACCUUGUCAGGUCUAUGGGAGACCUUGGUGAACUCUGUCUUGUCCAGGCCACCUCUGGGAUCCCCUGGUCUGUCUGGGAUCCUUCCAAUCACAUCUGGGGCCUCCCUGGGAUCCCCUAUCUGCUCUGCCCCUUUGGGGACCCCAUCAGCAGACCUGAGUUCUCACAGGGACCCUCCCCUUCCUGGAGUGCCCUCUGUAGGGCCAAGCUAGAGAUCAUUCUGGCCAGUCAACUGAUUUCCGGGUGAUCUUGGCAGCUCUCCCAUCUCAUCUCUAACCAGAGGUCUCACAUUGGUACCCCUACCCCUCUAGCUCCCUUUGGGGCAAAUCAGAUCUCCAGUGGUGGGUCCUUCUUUAGUUCCCUGCAGCAGUGAGGGAGAUUUUACAAACUCCUUCCCUUCAGACUUUGCACGAUCCAGCAAAGGUGGGCAGCUUUGCGGUGCAGAGAGGCUGGAGGAGGGUGCCGGGCACCCUUAAUGGGGUGCCUGUUCUCCAGUCUGUCCCAGUCCCCGCUGCCCCUGGCUGUCAGACCCCAGUGGCUUCUUUCAGUCGCCUCUUGGCCCCUGACCAUUUGUGUUUUCAGCCCUGGUGUGAACCCACGGAGGUGAAGCUUGGGUUCACUGUGGGAGCUCCGAUUCGAACCCUGUGGGGGUGUCACAGACUGUGGGCUAAGAUGCCAGAGUCCCAGUCCUUGAGUCUUUGUGACUGGGGGAUCUAGGGUGAAAGACUUGCUGCUUCUGGGCCUCAGUUUGUCCCUUCUGUGAAAGGGGAGAGGAGGAGGAAGAUAGAAAAAGUCCCUUGCAGCCCUGCUGAGCCUUUGAUGCAUCUUCUGGAAAUCUACCCCACCACCCAUUCAUUGAUGUCCAGGAGGAGGACAACAAGGAAGGAACUUCAAAGACCCAGAGAGGAAAAAGGUCCUUAUGGGGCACACAGCUGCUGGUAGCAGAGCCCAGGCUGGGACCUGCCCUCCCAAGGACAGCACACACCUUCACACUGGAAUGGGGGCAGGGUGGGAAGGGAGUGCCAGGGACAAAAUGUUCCCAGGGCCUCCUCUUGCAAAUGAGGUACCUUUUGCAAAAACUAUCAUCAUCACCCCAAGUGUGGAAUAAAAUAAAAUAAAACAAAUCAAGGUA